AUGGCUGCCACCGCACACAGCCUACCGCCGGAUCCAUUGCUACUUCUCCGACAGUCAAUAGCUGCCAACACACUCCCAGUACCCGCGACACAUCCCGACCCUUCGAACCAGGCGCAAUCCGAUGUCUCAAUCGCAGACGCCUCACAUCUGAUCUUCAACUCCCACGCGCAGCAAGAUGGGCCUCAACACAUUGCAGUACCGCUCACACAACAUACGCGCUUCACCUCGGGCUCAGGCCGGCCGCUGGACUUGCGAUCAAUAUACUUGGCCUGGCAUAACAGGGACAAAGCAAUCGCAGAGUACCUGUCGGCCAUAUCCUCCACCAAUGAAGAGCUGAAGGCGGCUGGCAAGAGCGAGACGGUGACGAACCUGGUCUUCGCCGAGAGACUCGACAUUCGCGCAUGGUUGGCCGGCGAGAUUGGCGUCAACGACAGCGAGUACAUCAAGAGCCUCGACGACAACAAACAGCUCAGGGCAGAGGCUGAAGAUGCCGCCGAGAAGGCAGCCGGUGACGCCGAUGUCGAGAUGCGCGACAUCGCCUCAGACGAGUCAAGACGUCGCGAGGAGGAAGAACGUUUGCACCUGAUCUACGCUGCGGAACGCAAGAUGGGAAACCACAACACCGUCCUGCGCGGCAGCAAGACCCAAGACUUCAGCGGAAUUCGAAAGUACAGCGCUCUCUUCCUUGGCAAGCAAAAGCCAACUGCCCAGGCUCCAGCGCUCAACAACAACCCUGCGAUGCGGCCAUCUGUCAAACCGUCGCAACAGGGCCGCCGCCCAGAACCGAUCAUUCUACUGUCAUCAUCCUUCUCCAGCUUAAUCCGAAUGCCCAACAUCAAGUCCUUCCUCGCAGAAGGUACCUACACUCCCCUCGAGGCGAGCGGCGAAGCUGCCAACAUUCUACACAUCACCCGCAAUCUACGGACCAUCCACCCGGGUCAUGCUACGAGAUUCAUUCUGGUCGACGAUCCUUUGCACUUCCGGCCGGACUACUGGAACAGAGUUGUGGCAGUGUUCACGACUGGUCAGACGUGGCAGUUCAAGAACUACAAGUGGCAGAACCCGGCGGAGCUGUUCAGUCACGCUCUAGGCGUGUACGUUGGCUGGAAGGGAGAAGUCGUGCCGGAUACUGUGAAAGGUUGGGGAAGAGGCGUGCUGAGUGUGCAAAUUGAUAAGGGCAGCAAUAGGUGGAGAGAUCGGGAAGUGGUCGAGGAUAUCUGGAGUCAGAUUGAGGCGCGGAUGAGAGCAAUGGGAUGGGGCAAGGAUGCUCAAAGAUGA